CCGCACUGCGCCGCCCGCCGCCCGCCGCCCGCCCGUCGCCGGCGCCGCCGCCCAGCUAUCGGGCCGCGGCGGCUCAGACCGCGGCUGCGGCGGGCGCGGGCGGCGGCGGCUCCCUUCCUCCCGCCCGUCUUGGGGGACGGUGGUUCCCGCGGGUGAACAGUGCGCGCUCCGGCCCUCAGCGGGGACUGGGACGUCAGGUCCCCGGCCCCGCCGCUCCCCACGAUGAGGAAGUUGAGGCUCAGAGAAGGAAAGUGGUAACACUCACGUCCUGUGAUCGCCUGUGAUCUCCUGUGAUCGCAGUCCAGGAACCAGGUGGCCAGCCGCCAGGCCCAUGCCGUGAGGCCCGGAGGCGCCCCGCCGCCACCAGCAUGCCUUGGGAUGCAAGGCGGCCCGGGGGCGGCGCGGACGGCGGGCCCGAGGGCGCGGGCGCGGCGCGCUCGCAGGCGCAGAAGCAGUGUCGCAAGUCGUCGUUCGCCUUCUACCAGGCCGUUCGCGACCUGCUGCCCGUGUGGCUGCUCGAGGACAUGCGCGCCAGCGAGGCCUUCCACUGGGACGAGCGCGGCCGCGCCGCCGCCUACUCGCCCUCCGAGGCGCUGCUCUACGCGCUCGUGCACGACCACCAGGCGUACGCGCACUACCUGCUGGCCACGUUCCCGCGCCGCGCGCUCGCGCCGCCCAGCGCCGGCUUCCGCUGCUGCGCCGCGCCCGGGCCGCACGUGGCGCUGGCCGUGCGCUACAACCGCGUGCGCAUCCUGCGCCGCAUCCUGCGCACCGUGCGCGACUUCCCGCCCGAGGAGCGCGCGCGCGUGCUCGACCGGCGCGGCUGCAGCCGCGUGGAGGGCGGCGGCACGGCGCUGCACGUGGCCUGCGAGCUGGCGCGCCCCGAGUGCCUCUUCCUGCUGCUCGGCCACGGCGCGUCGCCCGGCCUGCGCGACGGCGGCGGCCUGACGCCGCUGGAGCUGCUGCUGCGCCAGCUGGGCCGCGACGCCGGGGCCGCCGGCGCCGCCGCCGGGGCGCCCGCCGCGCCCGGGGAGCCGCGCCAGCGCCGCCUGCUGCUGCUCGACCUGCUGGCGCUGUACGCGCCCGCCGGCGCCGCCGGGCCCGCGCGCCGGGAGCUGCUGGGCGACCGGCCGCGCUGGCAGCGGCUGCUGGGCGAGGACAAGUUCCAGUGGCUGGCGGGCCUGGCGCCGCCCUCGCUCUUCGUGCGCGCUAUGCAGGUGCUGGUCACCGCCAUCUCGCCCGGACGCUUCCCCGAGGCCCUGGACGAGCUGCCGCUGCCGCCCUUCCUGCAGCCGCUGGACCUCACGGGCAAGGGCUAGACCCUGGGGGGGGGGGCGCCCCCCCGGGCGCUGGAUUUUUGGAAAAUCUAUUUUUCAGAGCGUUGUACCCAGCACUUUACAUAUAUUGAUCUCUGUA